AUGGUUUUCUUUUUUACAAGCAAUGUUGUCGAUCCACCAUAUACAAUUUAUAUGGGUCGAGAUAAAUAUGAAAAUAAUGAAUUAUUGAAAUAUUGUUGGCCAGAAGAUGUAUGGUUUCAUGUUAGUAAAUUAUCAUCGGCUCAUGUUUAUUUAAGACUUCAAAAGGGUGAAACUAUUGAUAAUUUACCUGCACUUGUUCUAGAAGAUUGUUGUCAAUUAGUUAAAGCUAAUAGUAUUGAAGGAUGUAAAUUAAACAAAGUUGAUAUUGUUUAUACACCUGUUGAUAAUCUUCGACAAACAAAUGAUAUGGAUGUUGGUCAAGUUGGAUUUCAUGUUGAUAAAAAUGUUAAACAAUAUGUUGUAAGCAAAAAACAAAAUGAAAUUGUUAAUCGAUUAAAUAAAACAAAAACUGAAUUUUCGACGGAAGAAUUUAUGAGUCAACGAGAACAACGUGAUAAUUUAGAACGAGAAGAGAAAAAACGUUUAAUGAGAGAACAAAAACAACGAGAUAAAGAAGAAGAAAAACGUCGACAAGAGCAAGCUGAAUUAAAAAAUUAUACAUCACUUAUGCAAACGGAUAAGAUGCGAACGAACAAGGAUGGUAAUGAAUCGGAUGAAUUUAUGUAA